AUGUCUUUUCUGAGCGGGUUGUGGAACUCCAUCGAUGAAUUCACCUUCCGGAGGCUCAUCCAACCGUCUUUCGACUUGGCGCUCUCAAUAGACGCGGACAAGUUGCCAACUCUGAUCAUCCAGGCGAUAACUGCGCUCGUCGGUCUCCUGGGGAUAUUCUCGGGACAAAACUCGGUGGAGUUCUUCCGACCGCGAGUUCCCUUGACUGCACCCUCGGAGCUAUUCCCGUCGUACGACUUCAUUGUGGUCGGGGGAGGUAUCUCCGGAUGCCUGGUGGCAAAAAGACUCUCCGAAGCUGGUCAUACCACUUUGCUGAUCCAUGGACCGGGAACACUGCCGAAUACCUUGAGCAGAGUCCCGCUGUUGAACUACGGGUACCUCGGCCAUCCAGACCACGAUCAUUCGUAUAAGGGUCCUAAGCUGAAUUCCCGAUGGGGUAAUCAAACUCUGCUCUACAACUCCGGAAAAGAUCUCGGUGGAUCUCAACUACUCAGUGCUCAGAUGUGGUCCUACGGAAAAACUGGCGAUUUUUCCUGUUGGAGAAAGAAGUUCGGCAUAAGUGAGAAAUUCAGUCAGGAGAGCAUCCGCGCCGCUGGAGAACUCCACGAGUCCGCCGCCAAAGAAGUCAAGGGAUCGCGUCACCCCUACGGAAUCUCCGGAGAGAUCAAGCUGAGCUUAGCACCGAGCUGGGCACCUUUUGAAAGUAAGUUCGAGAAAGCUUUCCUGAGAACAGCGGCCAAUGUGACGGGAACCAGGGUCAACAAGGAUCAGAAUAGCGACAAUCUGGGUUUCGGCAAAAUAGUCCACGCCGUCGAAGCGGACACCGGCUACAUAAGCUCACCAGUGACGGCGUUUUUCGAGAGCACUGGCGUUCCGGACACUCUGCACAUCGUGACCCGUCACAUGGUGCGAAAAAUCCUCUUCGAUACCACUGCAUCAAUUCCACGAGCCACAGGAGUCGAGUUCGUGCACGCCGAAGACAAGAGCGGUCGGAGAGUUUACGUGAAGAAGGCCUCGAAGCGGGUAAUCUUGACCGCCGGUGCCGUCCGAACCCCUCAACUCCUGACGGUUUCCGGUGUGGGAUCAAAAUCCGACCUCAAGAGAUGGAAGAUCAAGCCCGUCGUGACGAGGAACGGCGUGGGACAAAACCUCCACGACCACUACGAUAUUGGGAACGCCGCUGUCUGUUUCCCGCGAGGCACGAAGGGUUACGAAGACUUCGGGCCGCAAAGAAUGCUCGGGUUCUCGUUUUUCCGGCGCGGUCAGCUCCGAGCCCCCCUCGGAACCCAAUCGUACGGUUUCUUCAACUCUAAACAGAAGAAUUUGACCACUUGCCCCGAUCCGAGAGACAUUGAAAAUUGUCGCCCCGAUUUCGAGCUGGUCUUCCAGCACUUCGGACAGAACACUCAGGCGACCGUGAAGCCGUAUCUAGGUCUUGGAGUUUCUGAGAAACAUCUGCAGGAGGAUUUCUAUUUGCAAGGUAGAGACAAAAGCAAAGCGAGGGACUACUUGGAUAUACAUUUCCAUCAAAAGGAUUGCAUAAUGAUGACGCCGACAAUGCUGCAUCCGGAAUACCGCGGUCAGAUUACUCUGACGUCUAAUAAUGCCCUCGACGCCCCUAUUGUGGAUCUGAAAACUAUAUCGAAUUCCCGAGACAUGAUACUCAUUGGCGAGCUGUGGCAAGUCAUCAAGAAGAUAAGCAAUGAAGCUUUCGGACCUAUCGGCGGGAAGUUUGAGGAUACUCCGUUCUCCGAAUGCAAAGGAAUUCAGGACAGAGACUCCUUCGAGUUCGGAAGGUGUCAGGUUGAGCGGUAUCUGAAGAGUGCUUGGCACCUGGCGGGAACAUGUCGUAUCGGUCGGAGAGACGACCCCAUGGCCGUCGUCGAUGAGAGCUUCCAUGUAAUCGGGGUCCGCAAUCUCGUGGUCGCCGAUGCAUCGCUCAUUCCCUGCCCUACUAGUGGACACAUGCUGCCGACGAUAGCUUCCUUGGCGGAAAUGGCUGCUCAGGAACUUAUUGCAAAAUUCAGAAUAUCUAACGCCUGA